AUGAGCUCAAUAAAUUGUGACGUCUGCAACAAUCCUAUGCGAAUUUUCAACUAUGGGACCAACGCAUGUAAUGCUUGUGGUACAUUUUUUCGAAGAGAAUUAAAAAGAACAAGAUACAUUGAUGAUUGGCGUCACGACGAACAUUGUUUCAAAAAUUAUCAUACUGCUUCAAUUUCAAAAUUAUUCACAGUUGGAAAAACUCAUAAGUUCGCUGACACUAUUGGAUUCGACUAAAGAAUCAACAUUUUAUUAUUCUACUAAAAUUGUACCAAUCGAUUUUCAUUUGGAUAACCUAUUUGAGCAAGAAUCACUGAAAUAUCUGGAUAAACCGGCUGGCCUCCACUUUGAAUGCUUUGACUGGGGACUAAUGAGUCAGAUCACAGCCAUUGAAUACUUGAAAAACUUACACUUUACGAAAUUUCUCUCAUCGAGAGAUCUCAAAAACUUUCUAUCGAACUCUAAUUUUUCGUUGAUUGUUUUAACAACAAAUAUGGCAUCAUAUAUGCGAAAGCAAAGUUUUGUGAGUUUUCCGAAUGGAGCCGAUGUUUACCCAUCUUUUGUUGUGAACGAUUCUUUCAUUAGCCAGAAUCUAUUAAACAAAGUUCGAUGUGAAGUUAUCAAUCGUUAAAUUGAAUUGGACAUUUCGUAUGAAGAAUAUAUAUUGCUCUGCGCGAAUGCUGUUUCAAAUCCAGCUAUAUCUGGUUUAUCAAACACCGGUCGUGAUUUAAUCGCUUCUUAUCAAAAAGUGUACACAUCAUCACUUCUUGAACUCUGCUUUAAAACUCAUAAAAAAAAGGCCUUCACGAUUUGUCGCUUUUUAUGUGUGUUCAACCUUGUUAUGAAAGUACAUGAACACACGAAGAAAUAUCUUACUUUGUUUCAGUACUUUUACCCAAAUCAGCCGACAAGCAAAAUGAUUUUGGAAUUGUGA